CAAGAAUGAGGUCAUGUCUCCUACAUCACCAACAAUGAAUCUUGGAGCACAAGAUUUGGCAUGGAUACUCAAAUUCUGCAGAAUGUAUAGUGAUCCUCCGAACAAGUUACAUUCUUUCUCCGGAAGGCCUAGGUUUGGAGUAGUCCCAAGAGUUGUCGUAGUAUCUGAAGGCUUAUCUCUAGAUCAGGUGAUGACGGAGUUUAUGGUCCGAGUUGAUGCCACUCCUUUUCUAAUUAAGUACACGCCUAGUGACCUUGACGACCCUGCCAAAGGAUUGAUUUUUGAUAUUAAGAAGCUAAAAUACGAAUUAUGCUAUAGUCGCGGGAAGCAAAAGUAUACAUUAGAGUGCAAGCGGGAUGCACUUGACCUUGUAUAUCAAGGUCUUGAUGUUCAUGUGCCUAAGACUUUUAUUAAAAAACAUGAGCACAAGGGGGAUGAGAAGAAUCGUGAUGCAGGGUUUCUAUUGUCUUGUGAUUACAUUACAAUUAGAAGACAGGCUCCAAAAGCUGAUAUUGAAAGACUAUUGGCAUGGCAGAAGGCUGGAAGAAGUAAUCUUGAGGUGACAUAUCUGCGGUCUGAGUUUGAGAAUGGAAGUGAGAGUGAUGAACAUGUACUAUCAGAUCCUAGUGAUGAUGAUGGAUACAAUGUAGUUCUUUCUGACAACUGUCAGCGGGUCUUUGUUUAUGGUCUCAAACUCUUAUGGACGAUAGAGAAUAGGGAUGCUGUUUUCUCUUUUGUUAGUGGAAUAUCGAAGGUCUUCGAACCUGCUCAACCUUCUCCUUCUCGUCAGCAUACACAGAGGAAGAUUCUUGAACGAAACCAAGAAAAUCAAGAGGAAAUUUCAACAUCUUCUGCAAGCUCUAGAGAAAGCCAAACAGUUACUAAAGUUGAGACUAGUGGAUCUGAUGAAGAAGGCACUAGUCACUUCAUGGUGAAUGUCAUUGAGCCACAAUUUAAUCUUCACUCAGAGGAGGCCAAUGGUCGCUUUCUGCUGGCUGCCGGUAGUGGUCGUGUUAUAGCACGAUCGUUUCAAUCUAUUAUGCGUGUUGGCGCAGAAGUAAUCCAGCAGGCUCUUGGCACAACAAGUUUACAGAGUCCAAAAAGUAUUCCUGAAAUGACAUGGACACGAUUGGAAUUUUCUGUGAUGUUAGAGCAUGUGCAGGCCCAUGUUGCUCUGACUGAUGUUGACCCAAGUGCUGGGGUGCAGUGGCUCCCAAAUAUUCGCAGACACUCACCAAAACUGAAGCGUAUUGGGGCUCUACUUGAAAGAGUUUUCAUGCCUUGUGACAUGUACUUGCGGUAUACCAGACACGAUGGUCUAUCCCCGGAUCUGAAGGUGAAACCACUAGAAGAGAUCACUUUUAAUUCGCGGAACAUAGCAGCUACAAUGACAUCUCGACAGUUCCAAGUUAUGAUGGACGUUUUGACCAUCCUUCUCUUUCCUGCAACGUCUCACAAAAGUAGUCUCCAUUUUCCAACUGAAGAUGAUGAUAUUGAUGACGAGAUCGAUGAAGUAGUUCCAUACGGAAUUGAAGAAGUAGAACUUGCAAAAAUCAACCUUGAAGAGAAAGAGUGGGAGCAAAGGUUGAUUCUUGAUGAUAUUCGAAUAUUGUCUCAUCAUUCCGAUAAUGUGGAAGAUAUGCAUGUGGAGAAAAAAGGUGACUUGUGGAUGAUUAGUACCAGAAAAUCCAUACUGGUGCAAAGACUAAAGAAAGAACUCUUAUAUGUACAAAAGUCUAGAAAGACGGCUUCUGCAUCUUUAAGAAUUGUCCUGCAGAAGGCUGCAAAUCUGCGACUGAUGGAGAAGAACAGAAGUGCACCAUAUGCUAUGCGCAUUUCCUUGGAAAUUAAUGAGGUUGUUUGGUGCAUGCUUGUAGAUGGUAGAGCCUUUGCUGAAGCAAAGAUAAAUAACAUGACUUAUGACUUUGAUAGAGAUUACAAAGACACUGGUGUUGCUCGAUUCACCACCAAGAGCUUUGUUGUUAGGAACUGUCUGUGUAAUGCAAAGUCGGAUGAGGUUUUAUCAGCAUGGAAUCCUCCACCCGAGUGGGGAAAGAAAUUCAUGCUACGUGUGGAUGCAAAGCAGGGAACACCAAAAGAUGGAAAUCCUCUUGACCUUUUUCAUGUGGAGAUUUACCCUCUCAGAAUCCAGUUGUCAGAGACAAUGUACAAAAUGAUGUGGGAGUAUUUCUUCCCAGAGGAAGAGCAGGAUUCACAAAGGCGACCGGAAGUUUGGAAAGUUUCGACAACAACUGGUUCAAAACGUGUAAAGAGACAGUUAGAAAGCAAUGUUGAACGUGUUCAAAAAUCCACCGCUGGUGGUUCAGCUGAUCAGGAACUGAGACGAACAUCUUCGUUCGACAGGAAUUGGGAAGAAAGUGUGGCAGAAUCUGUAGCUAAUGAACUUCUUCUACAGUCUUAUAAUUGCGCUGUGUCAUCUUCCAAUGACCAUAAAGGGGAGUCCUCUAGACAGAUGAAUUUCAAAAACGCCAAAACUGACAAGCCUCGCAGCUCUUCUCAUAGAGAAAAGAAGGCUAGAAAAAAACAAGUGGAGAUGAUAAAGUUUAACAACAUUAAAAUAAGUCAGGUGGAACUUCUAGUUACCUAUGAGGGCUCAAGAUUUGUCGUAGAGGACCUCAGAUUGUUGAUGGAUAAAUUUUCUCUUGACGAGUUUGCUGGGACCUGGAGGGGACUUUUUGCUCGUGUUAAAAAACACAUAACAUGUGGAGUACUGAAGUCUGUUAUUGGAAUGCAGGGGAAGAAAUUCACAUACAAAUCACAAUACAAAUCACAAGAGAAUGCUGAGUCUUCUGACGAUGACCUUAAACUAAGUGACAAUGAUGAAAGUGGUGUUUUACCAAAAAAAAUAUAUGAUGAAAGUGGUGGAGCUGGGGAUAAUUUUGUAACUUCUGUUCGAGGACUCUUCAAUACCCAAAGACGAAAGCCUAAAGCAUUUGUCUUAAGAACUAUGCGGGGUGAAGCAGAUAAUGACUUCAACGGGGAGUGGAGUGACAGUGAUGUUGAAUUUUCUCCUUUUGCCAGGCAGUUAACUAUAACAGAGGCUAAGAGGCUCAUCAGACGACAUACUAAGAAAUCUCGUCCAAUUUCUGAAAGAGGUUCGAUGUCCCAACAAAGAGAGUCACUUCCAUUAUCUGUAAGAGAGACCGAUGCGUCUGAAAGUUCUUAUUCAAGCGAAUCUUCACCGUAUGAAGAUUUUUCAAGAUAAAAAUAAAAUAGAUGUUGUUAAGACUAAAAGUCUGCAAGUAAACGUAUUCAAUAGAGGUACACGUUUUUUUUUUUGAAAGAAUGUUAAAUUUAUUCAAAUCAAA